CUUAACAUAAAUUUAUUUCAGUUGCAGCGCAUUUUAAAUCAAAAUUUACGGCAGAAAUGGUUAUGAAAGGACAUAAUACAAGACUCAAAUGUGAAUCGUACGGAGAUAAGCCAAUUACCGUCACGUGGAUGAAAGAUAAAUUACCUAUUAACCCUCAAGCUGAUACCAGAUACGAAUUAUUAGAAACUAUCGUGGCAACUGGCGUUACAUCAGAAGUAUUGAUUCGUCAAGCUGACAGAAGAGAUUCCGCUCUCUUUACAUGCAUUGCUACAAACUCAUUUGGUCGAGAUGAUACCAACAUUCAACUGAUAAUACAAGAAUCUCCAGAUAGUCCUCAAGACUUCAAAGUAUUGGAAACAUCAAGCCGAAGCGUUAAAUUAACUUGGACAGCUCCAUUCAGUGGAAAUAGCCCUAUAACUCACUACAUUAUCCAAUAUAAGGACGAUACAGGAAAAUGGCAUGGAAAAAUGCCAAAUGUGACCGUUUCCGGGACCGAAAGUACUGCAACUGUUCAAGGUUUAAAACCGGCAAAGAUCUAUUAUUUUCGAAUGUUUGCCGAAAAUAGACUUGGAAAAAGCGAUACAAGUCGGAUUAUAGAAACUCGGACUCAAGAGGAGACACCGGGUGGUCCACCAGUCAAGGUCAAAGCCAUUCCUACAAGUUCACAAUCUAUAAAAGUUACUUGGAAACCUCCUUCACAGGAAUUACAAUACGGGACAAUUAAAGGAUAUUACGUUGGUUAUAAGAUUCGAGGUUCUCCAGAGCCUUUUGUUUACAAAACUAUGGAUGUUGUUGAAGGUUUCAAAGAAGAGAGUCACUUAACUGGAUUAAGACGUUUUACUAAAUAUUCUAUAAUAGUACAAGCUUACAACAAUAAAGGAACUGGCCCACCGUCUGACGAAGAAUACGUUCAAACUUUAGAAAAUGACCCUCCAACGACACCUUCAUUAAAAGAAACCGAUGCGUCAUAUUCCUCUAUACAGUUAUCAUGGGACAAAAACAUCGAUGGAAAUCCAGUUACAGGUUAUUAUCUUAGGCAGAGGCAAGAGAAUAAAAAUUGGGAAGAACUUCAUGUUUCUGGUGAACAUAAUUCUUAUACAGCGUUAAAUUUAGAGUGU